CGGGAAAACUGGGUAGAGAGAGCAGACACAUGCAUGAUCUCCGUGGCCGUCAAAUCACCUUCCAUGGUGAUGAUCAUGAAGGCCGUAGAUCAGGACGCGCUAGCCCUGCGCGCCUCGCGUAUGCUGUGUGCUCUGCCUCUCCUGAAGGUUUCCCCCUGCGGUCUAUAG